AUGGACGACAUCCUCGAUUUCUUGCCCGUCCCCACUCUCGUUGUGUCCCCAUCCUAUCGCAUCCAAAGAGCCUCUGUCGGUUUGCUCGAGGCAUGGACACGUAAGCGCGAGGUACUUGUCGGCCAAGACCUCUUCACUGCCCUCUAUCACGGAUCGCCGACCGAAUCAUUCGAUCGUAUUCCCUUUACCUACGCGAUUGAAACUGCACUUGAAGCUCGCGCUCUCCGUCUAUGCCAUGCGGCCUAUAUCGCGAAAGGCAUUUCUUGGACUGCACGUAUCAUGCCCGUGCACAAAGGCGAUGAACUGCUGUGCCUGGUCAUAGAGUGGGAACAAGCCGAGCCUCACACUACAACGGUCAACGGCGAAGUAACUCAGAGCUGGCUGCCUAUCGACGACGCUUUCCGCAUCCUCGUGCAGGCUGUCAAAGAUUAUGCCAUCUUCCUACUCGAUACUCGCGGCAAUGUCAUGACCUGGAACAAUGGAGCAGAGCUAAAUAAGGGCUAUAAGAAGGAAGAAAUCAUUGGCAAGCACUUCACGACAUUCUACAGCCAAGAGGACAUCCAGUCUCGGAAGCCCGAAAGAGAACUCGAAAUUUGCUUGCGUGAAGGCCGAGUCGAGGAUGAGGGCUGGCGCUACCGCAAGGAUGGCAGCCGGUUCUGGGCCAACGUUGUUAUAACGGCCAUCUACAAGAACGACAUCCAUGUUGGCUUCGGCAAAGUCACCAGGAAUCUCACUGAACGAAAAGAGGCAGAACUGCGACUGACCGCUGCUUAUGAGGAAAGCACCAAACUGAAGAAUGAUUUCCUGGCAAACAUGAGUCACGAGAUCCGUACGCCGAUGCACGGUGUGCUAUCUGCCUGCUCUCUCCUACUGGAUAGUCCUCUAACUGAAGAGCAACGGGAGACGGCCAAUAUGAUCCAAGAGAGCGGACAAGUCCUGUUGCGCAUCAUCAACGAUAUUCUCGACUACUCAAAGAUUGCGGCCGGCACAUUUCCCAUCAUGAAUGAGAGGCUGGAUAUCGCUAAUGUCAUCACAUCGGCUGUGCGUAGAGUCCAAAGUACUGUGCAGCCGGGAGUAUCUCUAAAGCUGCACCUAUCGCCAGACUUGCCAAAAUGGGCGGAAGGUGACGCUUUGAGAUAUCUCCAGAUCUUUGAGAAUAUCCUGAGCAAUGCUAUAAAGUUUACCGAGAAGGGAUACAUCUCGGUUCAUGCAUCGAUGCUUGCUGAAGACGAGACCACUCACACAAUACGAACAGAGGUCUGGGAUACUGGGCAUGGCGUUACAGAAAAAGACGCGAAGGAGCUCUUCAAACCAUUCACGCAGCUUGAUACACCACACCAGAAGCGGCGACCGGGAACAGGCCUUGGGUUAUCAAUCGCGAAAUCACUUGUGGAGCUGCUGGGAGGGAGUAUUGGAUAUAAGCCUAACUCGGAACGGCAGGGCAGCAUCUUUUGGUUCUCGUUCAAGGUGAAGAAGCUUAGUGGCCUUCGUCAGGCCGAAUCUAUUACCGCUUCACCGGGAGUCGGGGCGCUAUUACCCCAACAACAACAGGUUCAACAAGGGGAGGAUCUUGCUACACAACUGGAACAACUAUUGAAGAUCUCACCAACGAAGAAGAUCCUUGCUGCUGAGGACAACAUCAUCAACCAAAAGGUCCUAGUCGGGAUGCUGCAUGGCUUUGGAUUCAAGGAUAUUACCGUUGUGUCAGACGGCGCUCAAGCUGUGUCAUCACUAUCAGCGGCGGCUGAUACCUUUGACCUGAUACUGAUGGAUAUCAGUAUGCCGGUUAUGAACGGUUACGAGGCAACACUUCGAAUACGUCAUAGCAGCAUACGUCUGCCUAUAAUCGCUAUGACCGCUUAUGCACUGAAAGGCGACAUGGAGCGUUGCUUGGAGAAGGGGAUGGAUGAUUAUAUCCCCAAGCCAAUGGAUAAGCAAGUGCUGAUGAGGAAGCUUUUGAAGUGGCUGCAGAGUCCAGGCGACAUCACACCAGACCUCGCUAUUGGAUAG